AUGGCGGAUGUGAAAGGGAAAUGGAUAUGUUACGAGGAUGACGACAAGCCCAUUAAAUUAACAUAUCAAGGAGACUCUCCCACCAUUCGCGAUUACCGGCUUUCUCUAAUCGGAAAGGUCCUGAACCCUAAGAAACAAUCUGUGGUGAAGCUCAUUCAGACCAUGCCGGCGCAGUGGGAGAUGCAGGACAAGAUCACUGCUAAUGAUCUUGGUAAUGGCAAGUUCCUUCUGAACUUUGCGACGGAAGAGGAUCUACAAUCUGUUCUUAGGCAAGGUCCUUUCCACUAUAGCUUUUGCAUGUUUGUGCUCGUUCGUUGGGAGCCGGUGGUUCACGAUGACUACCCUUGGAUCAUCCCGUUCUGGGUUGAGAUCACGGGAAUCCCUCUACACCUCUGGACGAUAGGAAACCUCAAAAACAUUGGCAAAAGACUAGGCCAUAUUGAUACGGUGGAGCAGUUGGCAGGGCGUAUGCUUAUUGAUGUUGAUACUAGGAGGCCUCUCACAUUCAAGAGGAAGAUUGCAUCGCCAGAAGGUGAUGAAGGUUGGAUCCAGAUCCAUUAUGAAAAGAUUUUUAAGUAUGGUAAAACAUGUGGAAUGGUUACUCAUGAGUUGGCUCUUUGCCCAACGAAGGAAACAACACUGGCCAUUAAAGGAGCGCAAUCUGAUGUCUUCUCCAGGGUCCAGCUCCCGGCAAAUGAUGUAUCUCGACAGUCCUUGCUGAGAGAUAAAGAGACAGAGAAUAGAUAUGGAAGAGAUGGCUAUGGAAGAGAUGGCUAUGGUAGGAGAGAUCACCGUAGUCGAUCGCCUUUGAGGGAGCGUAGGGCCGAUGGCGGCUUUAUGAAUGAUGCUAGGGCCGCUUACUCUCGCCGUGAUGGUAAGGGGGAUAGGAAAGCGUGGAAAUAA